GGUAAUCGAUGUCCAAGGUUGUCGUUUAGAGCUAACUUCACUAUUAAAUUGCUUCAGUUCUUGAUACUUUUUCGUUCAUGUAAUUUUUUGUGUUGUGCUGGUUUUUUGACCUCAUUCAGCGAUAAGAACGAAUGGAUUUUAACAUUGAAAUACGUAAGAAACAGUUAGAUAAUUUGGAUCAACUUAUUUCUUCAUCCAGGAGUAGAAUUCAAUCAGUACUGAGCUACCUGGACUGGACGCAAGAAAACGUCGAAAAAGGGGACCAUUUGGUACAAUGUCCUGUCAAUCCUCAUCACAGGAUUCACCCGAAAUCCUGGAACGAACACAUUGAAAAAUGUGUUGUAAAAAUUGAAGGGUACUCUUCCAACAGUCAAUUUUUAUCAGAGUCGCUUGAUAAUCCCACUCAGUCAAUAUACAUAGAUCGCAAUAAAAAGAUUGAACUAAUCACCAAGGAAUUAGCUGAAAAGGGGGCCCUAAGACUAGCCUGGAAUGGAUUAGAUCCGGACCCGAGAACUUCAGAUAGAUUAAUAUCAACGUUUUCGCCCGAUGAAAGAUUAAUUUUUUACAACUACACUGUUCAAAACACUGAAGGUCCUCGCCCCCCAGCCGAAUUCACAACGCUUUAUGACAAAAAACGCGAUGAGGAAAAACCGCUCACUUACGAGGAAAUUCUGGCCCAAGAACGAGACUCGAAACGAAGACGGGCCAAAUACAAAUCGGUUCACAUCAAUCGUAAAAAACACACUGAGGUGAUACGAGAAGUGAUAAACGGGCAAAUGGAGGAAUACAAAGAAUGGUUACUAGCUAAAAAUUGCAAUAAUGGAGUUCACGAGGACAAAAAGGAAGAAAUUGAACGUCCACACUCAUCCACUAGUAGAAAUUCAAGCAGCUCGAGAAGCACAAACCGGAAAUAUGACAGACAUAGAGAUGAGCGUGAUAGAAGUAGCAAAAAAAUUAGAUCUAGAAGUCGAGAACGGAGUUACAGGAGUGAAGAUAGAUACUCGAAAAUAGAGGAAAGGAGAAAUCGAAGAAAUCGCUCAGGUGAAAGAAGACGCUCUCGUGAGAGAAAUAGACGAAAUUCAUCGAGAGAUAGACGUAGCUUCAGUGACGUAAGGAGACAUUGAACAUAAUUUUUCUUUUGCAGAAAUGUUUCACUGAAUUUUAUAAUAAGUAAAAGUUAAUUUAACAGCUAAA